AUGGAUGAAGUACUAUUUCGCAUUACUCCCGAGGAAUACAGUAGCCACUCUUCUAAUAAGGGUGAAGCUAGAGAUUUAUCUGGUGCUGACUGUGAUAAGGUGCGGGCUGAGGAUGUCGCAGCAUACUAUGCUGGUGAGAACUUCAACGAAGAGCUUGAGAGGGCCGGCUACCCAGUGACAAUAACCACUGAUAUGGCGAUGGCUACUUUCGUGAUAUGA